GUAUGUUUCUCUGCUACGCAGGAAGCAGCGGUUUGUUUUGAUGGAAACGCUAUGUGAAAUUUUCAUGUUUCGCAUGCUCGUUUUGUAUCAUCAAAAUCCAGCUUGGCAGUAAUUGACGUAUUAUUGAAGGCAAAUUGUAAAUAACGGUCUUACUCUGUCAUUUGCAUGAUUUGAUUUUUUUAAUGACUUUUCAUUUUUAAAUUGUUUUAAAUCUGUCGGAACUGAAGUAUUGUAAUUGAGUUUUGUGGCAUAUAACUCAUUUCAGGAAUUGAUUUCAAAAUGCAUUAAUUUUACGUCGCAUUCAUUAAAAACGCUUAAACUCAGCUUAUUAUUUAAUUUUUUUCGUUUAUUAUUGUGGCAAGCAACAAUUUUAUAUAUUGCUGAGAAGAUAACUAUGCUUGAACUGGAUGAAAGGCCAGCUUAAAAUUCGAUUUGUGUGUGUCAAGUAUGACAUCCAUUUUUUCCUUCUCGAUACCAGUUGUGAAACGCCUUCUUGGUUGGAAGAAAGGAGAAGGUGAAGAAAAGUGGAGUGAAAAAGCUGUCAAAAGUUUAGUUAAAAAACUUAAGAAGACUGGUGGUUUAGAUGAACUAGAAAAGUCCAUUUCAAAUCAAGAUCCUAAUACUAGGUGCAUCACUAUUCCAAGGUCAUUAGACGGACGCUUACAAGUUUCUCAUCGUAAAGGGCUCCCUCAUGUUAUUUAUUGCCGCCUUUGGCGCUGGCCAGACUUACAAAGCCACCACGAGUUAAGAGCAAUAGAAAGUUGUGAAUUUGCUUUUAAUUUGAAAAGAGACGAAGUUUGUGUCAAUCCUUACCAUUAUUUACGCAUUGAAACACCAGCUUUGCCACCAAUUUUAGUCCCACGAAAUACGGGAGAAAUACCUGCUCAACUACCCCCAUUAGACGAUUAUAUUAAUUCAGUGCCUGAAAACACGGAGUUUCCUUCAGGACUUGAAAAUCUUUCUUUGACAGAAUUUGAGAAUUGUUCUCAGAUAAGGCAAAAGCUUCCAGACACACCACCACCUGGCUAUAUGAGUGAAGACGGUGAUAGCCAAGAGCAAAAUGGCACUGAAAAUAUGGAUGCUACUCUUAUUUCAUCACCAAGUCCUCCUCUUGAUGUUCAGCCUGUUACAUAUACAGAGCCAGCCUUUUGGUGCUCUAUUUCUUACUAUGAACUAAAUACUAGAGUAGGAGAAACUUUCCAUGCAUCUCAGCCGUCAUUGACUGUGGAUGGUUUUACUGAUCCUUCAAGUUCUGAGCGUUUCUGUCUUGGUCUUCUGUCAAAUGUGAAUCGAAACAGUGUCGUCGAACAGACAAGGAGACACAUAGGACGUGGUGUCAGAUUGUAUUAUAUAGGUGGUGAGGUGUUCGCAGAAUGUUUGAGUGAUAGUAGCAUAUUUGUUCAAAGUCCCAAUUGUAACCAAAGAUAUGGAUGGCAUCCAGCCACUGUUUGCAAGAUUCCACCAGGGUGUAAUUUAAAGAUUUUUAACAAUCAAGAAUUUGCUGCACUGCUGGCUCAGUCUGUCAGUCAAGGAUUUGAAGCAGUUUAUCAGUUGACUAGAAUGUGCACAAUAAGGAUGAGCUUUGUGAAAGGUUGGGGUGCUGAAUAUCGCCGGCAGACAGUUACUUCUACACCAUGUUGGAUUGAAUUACAUCUGAAUGGUCCAUUGCAGUGGUUAGAUAGAGUUCUAACACAAAUGGGAUCACCUCGCAUACCAUGCAGUUCCAUGUCUUAAAUUUAAUGAAACCAUGACCCCUGAUCUGGUGCUGUAUAUUUGCUCCCAUUAGGUAGCCAAUGAAUGUUCUGUGUUGAUUUUGUAUGAUGUAUGGCAAGAAGUUUUUGAGAAUGUUUAUUUUUAUCAUAACAGAUGCUAUUAUAUAUAUAUACAAACUCAUGUAUAUAUAUCACUCACACACAAAAGUUUAAAUUGGAAUUUCUAUUGAUAAAUUUUACAUCUGUUGUAAAAUAUGACUUAGAUUGUAAAAAAACUUUUUAGUGUCAUGUCUAUGGAGCAUGUUUAAGAUUACAGGGGAAAAAAUUGCUUGUUAGUCAUGAUCUUUGAUCUUGUUUGUUAUAUAUUGUGAAACACCCUUUUUAAUUAAGCUAAUGUCUAAGAAUGAGCCAAAACUGGAGUUUGAAUAUGUAUUUAAAAUGCCAUUUAAUUGUAUUAUUAUUAAAAGCAGUAGUUUACUGUAACAUUUUGAAGAAAUGUGUUUUGUACUAGGUUACUCUUGUUUAAAAAAAUGCAACUCCCAGGUGGAGUACCACACACAUUUAUUAUUUACUGUGUAGUCAUGAGAUUAUAAAACAUAAUUAAGUCGUAUUCCUGCAUGUGAGUUCUCAGUGUCAGCUAGCUUCUUAUUAAUUGGUAAUUCUUUACUUUCUCUUCAUUACCUUUUAAACUCUACCAGCAGUACACCAUACUUAUACAAAGCUGCUCCAGAAUGAAAGAAGAGUUGUUGAUGUGAGGGCAAAAUUUCUAUUGACAGUUAAUUUUUUUAAAAAAGUUUCAUGGCCUCUUUUUGAACUUGAUUAUCUGUUAGCCUUUUAUGGAGGGUUAUGUAGUUUCCUUAAAUGUUCCAUUAUUGUAAAAAUUGUUUGCAAAUUUUGAGGUUGCAUUUGCUUCGUUUGUGUAUCAUAUUAAUAGUCUGCUCUACGUAUAGUGAGACUUUAAUAAAAUGUCAAUUUUGACUUGUAAGUUAUCCUCCAUGCAAUCAUUAUAUUUACCACCUUUUCAGGUUUAGAAAGUAGUUUUCCAAUUCAUAACCCUCUAUAAUUGCAUGGUAAUAAAGGGGCUGUUUAAAUUGUAAUUUAAUUUCACUGCUCGCUGCAGGAAUAAUUUAGAAUUUUUUUUAAUCACUGAUAAUGUGACAUUUGUCAUAUCAUUUCAUGACUGAAGAUGAUUAUCUGAACUACAUUUAACAUAGACUAUAAUGAAAGCAAUUGUCCCCGAGAGAUAUUAAAUGAAGCUAUAAAAUCACAAAAAUGGAAGUUUUUUUAUAUAUUCAUUGCAUAGCUUGUACAGUUUAGUGCAGUGUGAGAAAUCUGUGAUUGCUUUGCUAGUUGUAACAAGUAAAUGUGUAUCUAUUUUUUUAAGAGAUGCAUCUUAUGCAUCAUACUUUCAUAUGAAAUUUACAAUUUUAAAUUUGAUAUAAAUUGGCUGCAUGUUCCAUCUUGUGAGUUAAGACAUUUGUAAUAGGAAUUGUGAUCUCUAAGAUGGUUAGACUUUUCCAUUGGAUUUAAUUUUAUUCAUGUGAGAACUGACAGUUACAUCUUUACUUCCAGUUCUUUUGUUAAGAAUCUUAAAAUAAUAUAUCACUAUCUGCAUGAGAGAUAUUUAGUGUCUGACUUGAAAUAAUAGUCUUUUAUUUAACUUUAGGGUAUUAAACCCCUCCUGACGUGAGUUCAUUAUUCUUUUCCAUGUGCUUUAGCCAGUGUCUGGUUUUUGUAAUGUGCUUAUACAUUAUACCAUCAUAUAUCAAAAUGAACAAAAUGUUUUCCCGUUUUCAUGCAUGCUGAUUAUGAAUUAGAGAACCUAUAUUUCGAACUGAAUUACCUACUAUUCUAAAACUGCAGUUAAUUUAAAUUUGAUCUCAUUUGAAAAUGGAAUCAAACUUAUAUUUGAAUAGUGGUGUUAAUCUCCAUUAUAAAGUAUAUUUGAUUAUAUAGAAACAUAUCUCGUAAAUAAAAUGCAUAAAUUUAUAAUUUUUAAAUGUAUUUACUUUUUUCAGCACUUAUUUCUAAUUUGAUACGCUGUGUAAAAAAUCAAUAAAUUGCUGCUAACACAUGUUGUUCUGUUAAAGAUUGCCAGUUGGUUUCAAUUUUUGAUUUUAUAUAAAUUUCACUUAAUUAUACUAAAUAAAAAAUUAAUUUGCUGCAUCAGCCCGAAUAGCACAACACUGAAAUUUUUCAUACAGAUAUUUAGGGGGGCAAUAAUCUGAAUUUAAUGUGAUCCUUUCAUUUUUCAUACAAGAAUUCAAAUAAAGUAAAAUUUAGUCAGAUAAGCAUUUAUUUAACAAUAAGUAAUAACAGGUAAACAUUUACAGAAGAUGUGCUGGGUCCCUAAAACAAGGACAGAAAGACACGGUUUCUGUGCGAGAAAUGUAAUAUCAGUACUUGAUUUAUUAUAUUCUUUAAAAUAUUCUAAAGUUCAUUUUUUUAUGUUAAUCCACAUUUAUACUCAUAUUUAUAUUAUUAAUGUAAUUGAAAAUGUGUUAAUUGCUUUCGGGUAUGACAUACCCAGCAUGCCUUCUCGUGUUCGUAAUUUUAGCGCGCGUGUUAAUAAAAUUUUUUCAUUGCUUCUGGUAGUCUUAGAAAUGCAAAUGCUUAAAUAUGUAUGGCAUUAAUAAUUACCUUAAUGGUCUAUUCAACCUGGCUUUAGUUCUCCGUAAUUUCAAGAUCUAAAGGCUAGCAAACACAAAUUACUCACCAAAACUAGCUCAGUAUUCUCAGGAUGUAGCUUAAAAGCUCAGAAUGACUCAUGAAAUAAACAACUUUUGUGGUGUAUUCUUGAAGCUUUCAUUCUAAAUUAUGUAUUCCCUAGAUAUUUAAACUCAGUCUAAUUUGCAUUCUCAUGAAGGCAAACAGAAGAACUAGAAACUACACAAAUGAAUUAGGUUAGUCAAAGCUAAUUCAUUAUGUUUAAGUAACAUGAUAUAUAAAUUAAAGCUUACAACUUUUAUCAUUUCAAAUUUUGCUCGGUGUCAUGAGAAUUUGUACUGAAUGUGAUGUAGAAUAUUUAAAUGUAUUGGUGAGAAUAUGGAGUAUAUCUAUUUCUAAAAAUUACAAUAUAUGCUUACCACAACCAUGUAUAAAUAACUUUGUUCUCUUUUAAGCUGCAAAUGUGCGAUAUAUACAUUCUUGUAUUUUUAUGAUGGAGAAAAAUUAUGCUAUUGAAAUCAAUUUUCGAAUAUAUAUAAAAAUGACAGUAUAUGUUUGCCAUGACCUCAUGCGAGACUGUUCUCAUCUAAGCAGCAAAUAUGUGAUAAAUAAUAUUAAUAUUGUUAUGUACAAAGGAGAACCAAGUUAUGUGGUUGAAAUUAAUCUUAUUUUGACAUACAUGUGUAUCAGUUUCCAUUUAAAAUGGGCAUGAAGUUGGUUUGAUUAGUUAGUGGUUUUAGAUUGAAGAAUUUGUGGAAGAAAAUGGACUGAAAAUUUUAAAAAUUGCUUUGUUGUGUAAUGUUUUGCUUUUAUUUCACAAAAUGAGACUAUUGUAUUCAAAGCAAAUACAAUAGUCUCAUUUUGUUAAUGAAACAGCAUGUGUACAAAUGCAUAAACACUAGUCAUUAUUUUAUCAUUUGAAAUGUUAAAUAUUCUGAAAAAUGUAUCGAAGUUAGCAUUUCUGUAAAAGCAUAAAAAAGUUCGUAAAAGCAAAAUUUUAUUGUUUUAGUUUGUUACUUAACCACUUGUG